AUGGCGGCCCCUUCUCCUGCUCCGCAACCUCAAUCCGCGCCUGCAGUCAACGGCGCUGCGGACCUCGAACUCGACGUGACGAAACUACAUAGCCUCGAUACGGCACAGCAAGAUCUAUACUUGCUCACCUUCGUCUCCGAUCUGCAACUGCACGUCGAGCAGCUGUCGGUGGAGGCUCUGCCGUCACACCAAGCCUCCAUCAAGAGAGAAGUGAUAAAGAUCGUGGGAUUGGGAGCGCCGGUGCCCUCACGCGUCAUCCGGAAUGCGCUGGGCAGGAUUCUGGCAGACUUGUUUGGGCGGGGGAGUCGCAGCCUGCUCUAUGAAACUAUCAAUGAAUUGCUGGCCAUUCUGAACACCGGCAAGGCGGAUAAAGAGCUCAGUUCCAAACACAGCGCGAUCGUGUGCAUCGGCGCGGUCUUUAGAGCCGCUGGAGAUUCGGCCAUUUCUCUGUCUGGGCUGACUGUUGCCACUCUGAUAAAGUUGCUCAAGGCUCCGUCCGUUGGAGUCAGAGGAUGUGUGUUUCGAGCCCUGGUGGGGGUGGUACUGGGAGUCAAGGGCAGCCUGGACGAACAUGUGUCGCGUGAUAUCCUCAAAUCUUCUCGAAAUGCGGCGACAACCGACAGAUCGACCUUCGUUCAAAGGUGUGCCUGCUCCUGCCUCCGCAGUCUUCUGAGUGAGACGAGUUAUUUCAACAACUCCAACGACUUCGAAUCGAUCAAGAGCACAAUUUGGAAGGUACUGGAUAGCUCCGGAUCCUCUGUCCGGCAUGCAGCAGCAGCUGCUAUGGCUGCCGCGCUACAGCAAGCAUACUCCGCUAACAGCACUGCUGAAGUACCUGUCCUUCGAAAGCCCAAGAAGUCGAAGAAACUUGGGGACGAUCUGGACGACGAAGCCGAGACAGAGAGACCCGGUUCCCCAGCGCCGGGACAAGUCAAGCCGUCUGUUCGGUUGACUUUCACCUUGAAAGAAGUCCUACGGGUCCUGUCGCAACAUUAUUGCAGAGCUUCCACAACGAACAGAGCACGUGCGGGCAUCGCCAUGUGUUACAGGUUUCUUCUCCGCUUACUGCCUCGGAAAACGCUGGAGGAAGAUUACGGCUCGAUAGCGACGCACAUGUACGCAGACCUCCUGAGCCAUCCCACGGUUUCGGCCAACCGUCAUCGCCUUCUCCUGACGCGGAAGCUAGUCCAGUGGAUUCUUGCCGAUGUCACAGUUCUCUUGACUGAAAAUGCCCAAAUCAAUGCAGCACGCCACCUCAUAAACGAUGUCCUGAAGAACUACCCUCAGGUGAUUCCGGAGCGCCGAGAGCCUUCUAAGCGAAUACUCGCUGGCGCUUUGACAACCCUGAAUGAUCUGUUGUUGCAGCUGGGCCCAGCUGCCAAUGUCUUGCAAGACUCCUGCAGAGAAGCACUGUUCCAAGUCGUGCAACACCCGAGCCACACGGUGCAAAGCCAUGCAGCUCAAUGCUUCAAAGCAUUCAUCCUAGCCUGUCCGAACCAGCUGAUGCGUACCAUCGACCAUGCAAUGACACAAUUGCAAAAGGAGUUUCAGCCUUCCGAGGGCAAGCAACCGCAUCGGAGGUCUCUGGGGUUUGCCACAGCCAUCGCCAUUGCAGUCAGCUGUGCUCACCAAAAGCCGCUCCACGGCUCGGUUCAGACCUACUCUGCGAUUUUCACUUUCGCGACAGACCUCCUGAAAUCCAGUGCGGCGGCAGAGCUAAGGUUAUCCGCAAUGCAGGUGCAGGUCGCGUGGACCUUGAUCGGAGGCGUGUUGAGCUUGGGUCCAAGUUUCGUAAAAGUCCACCUCAAUCAGCUAAUGCUGAUGUGGAGGAAUGCACUACCACCUCCCCUGACUCACGAGAAUGCGAGCAGAAGAGGACAUCUCGAGCUGAGCUUUUUGUCUCACGUUCGAGAGUGUGCUCUCAGCGCGCUGCUCAUGUUUCUGUCCUCUUGUAGCGGUUUGGUUACAUUUGACGGAUCGAAACGCAUCUCCACCAUGCUGCAUAACACAAUCUUAUUCCUCAACAGCUUGCCUCCAGCUCGCGAAUCCGAAGACCUUUCUCACCGACUAGUGCCUGCCCUCCAGCUACAGGACUUUGCAAUCUUGCUCCGACGACGGGUACUGCAAUGCUUUGCGUCAUUGGUCAGCUUAAAGCAUCUCGAGCAAACCGAAGUCGUUUCUCAAUCAGACCUGAUAGGUCUUACCAUGACAACCUUCACGGACCCUGAACGUCCAGUGUUGAAAAGCCUGGAGGCAUCGCUGGCAACCACGGCGAGCACCUUCGAGGGAUUAUGGACGACCGAGGACAAUUGGAGCUUUGGUGUCAGCAGCUUGGUAGACCACUUUGACACUUAUCUGCCCUUUGAUAGCCAUUCACCAUCAAGAAGUGACAUGUACACGGACCAGGAUGUUUCUGUGCCAGACGUUCUGCUCCGGUGCCCGGCCAUACCUGCAAUCGAGCACGAUGCUGCGUUGGUAGCACGGCAGGAUGGGAGGGCGAAUGAGGCCGAAUUGAGCUCACCCGCAACAUCCUGCGUCAACUUGGCUAUCAAACUUUUUGCGAUAUCCCUACCUCUCCAGUCUGGCCGAAUUCAAGAGAGCACGAUCGAGCAGCUUAUCACUACUGUAUCGCAACCUCUUCAACGAGAACCUGGCAGGAAGGCGGCAAUGCAGGUCAAUGCAGCCUUAGCGCUGUUGUGUGCGCUAGCUGUGGCAAACAAUGAAACACCAUACACAUGCGGAAAGAUGAACGUCGGGGCGAUUGGGCAGGCCAUCGCCGACUUAUUGGCCAAGUAUAUCUGCAAUUCCGAUCCUACACUACGUAACAUAGCUGCCCGUGCCAUUGGCCGCAUAUGCAACCUAGCAGGGACGCAAUUUACCAACAAAGAGGUUAAGUUCCUCAUUGACAUGAUCGUCGCAAACCGCGAUCCUAGCGUCCGCGCUGGGUGUGCUCUUGCUCUCGGUCAUAUUCACUCAGAAGUGGGUGCCAUGGCAGCCAGUCUCCAUAUCAAGUCGAUCGUUGGUGUUCUUCUGUCCCUGUGCAGUGACACUCAUACCAUAGUGCACUAUUGGGCACUCAAGGGACUGGUCCUGGUGGCCGAAUCAGCCGGGCUCGCAUUUUCGACCUAUGCAACGAGCACCCUUGGUCUUCUGGCACAAUUGUAUUCGAACGACUCGCAUAAUGAGGAAGCUGCCUCUCUCACCACCUCCAAUUUUGAGCUCGAGCUUUUCACGCCCUUGGCUAUUGCUCAAUGUGUCGACAGCGUCGUCAAUGUUCUUGGCCCUGAUCUUCAAGAUGUGUCCAAGGCCCGAAACUUGAUUCUGGUCCUGGUCGGCUAUUUGCAGAAAGAGGCUUCAGCACAACUACGAAGCGAGAGCUACCAAUGCCUUCGGCAUCUUUGCAUGUAUGCGCCGGCGCACCUGCAAUUUGCCAAAUAUGUCUUGGAUCUACAGGCGAACCUCCUAUCUGACGAAGAGUUUCUCCAAUCUGCUGCUGUGAAAGGCCUAGAUGAGUUGAUGAAGAGGAAUGCGUCAGAGGUCGCUCGUGUUGCAACUUCUAGGCUUGGUGAUGAUCUUUGGGCAUGUCUGGAUGACAACCCCGGCAGUGGAUCACUUCAAGCAAUGCUACAGAACUGGAUGCAGCAGACGAUCCUUCUGGACACGGCCGAAUGGAUCGACAAGUGCCAGAGCAUCCUCUCUCGAACAAGGUCAAAAGCCCCAGCCCCGUCACGGGUGCAGACGGCUACGGCGAAGACAGCAUUACCAGAUCUAGCCGACGAAGACGUGGCCGGCUUGACGGCAGCCGCGGGUGGACAGGGUGAUGCGCCUGAUGCUGCUCCUGAAGGCCAAGAAUUUCUCCGGUGGCAGACUCGGGACUUUGCAAUGCGAUUGCUCAGCGAAGCGAUGGAUAUCAUCCAUGCCGCCAUGUCAUCGGACCGUGUUAUACAUGCGGAAGAAGUCUUACAGAGCAAGGUGGCGGAUGUGGUCCGCGUCGCCUUUUCCGCCUCAACGGCUAAUGUGGUAGAGCUUCGCAUCUGGGGGCUUCGGAUCAUCGACCAGAUUUUGAAGUUAUUUGGAAAGACGCCAGAUCCAGAUUUCCUGGAAGCAUCUCUUCUCGAGCAAUACCAGGCUCAGAUCAGCUCGGCCCUGACGCCUGCCUUUGCUGCUGAUUCGUCACCAGAGCUAGCGGCUGAAGCCAUCGGUGUCUGUGCUACCUUCGUUGCGACGGGUAUUGUGACCAAUGCUGAGCGGAUGGGACGCAUUUUCAAAGUCCUCGCCUUGGGCGUGGACAACCUUACACGACCGACGCCAGAAGCAGCUAUUGGUGAUCUUGAUAACCUCAGUCCUAACGCCCAAGCAAUGCUCAAGAUGGCUAUCUUGUCGGGGUGGGCACAACUACAACUUGCGAGCGCUGACCAACCAUAUCUGGAGGAGAUCCUGCAUCCAUUUAUCCCCAAGCUCGCACCACUGUGGCUGACGUCGUUGCAAGAGUUUGCCAGCUUGCGUUUCGAGCCAGAAAUUUCAGACACUCUAGGAGGCGAGGUAGCGGGCGGCAAUCUGGACGAAAGAUACGCCUCUUUCAACCGCGAAGUCCGGCUAAAGUUCUAUCAGAGGAAUUGGCUCAGCGUUGUCGACGCUAUUGCUGUGCUUGUCGAAAAGGACAGCGAGUCAGUCUUUGAUGCGCUCGACAAUAAGCGAGUCUCAGCUUCCAACGGCCAGGCCAACGGUACGGCUACAUCAGGCAAAGACAUGAGUUUCCGUGAAGAACCAGUAGCAUUCUUCUUCAUCCUGUUCGGCCUAGCCUUCGAAGCAUUGGUAACCCAGGCCCGAGAGGAUCCGUCGCAAGUGUUGUCGAUUCUCCAGGCUCUGCGGAAAAUCCUGACCCCGGAAGUCUGUGGUAACGCCAUCUACGAGGAUGCCGUGUUCAAUGAAACAACCGAUACUCUGGACCGACUUGCUCUUACCAGUACCAGAGAGACACAGAAUGAAUUGGUAGUGAUAGCCAGAAACCUCUCACUAGACCACAUCGCAGCAAAGGACCAAGACCGCGAUGACAAGCUUUCGGAUGAUAUUGAACAGCUUUUUGAGCUGACGAGAAUCAUCAUCCUGGUCUUGACCGGUCUCAUUCCGACGUUGGAAGAUCCGCCCGGUGUCGCUUCCCGCAAACUCGGAGAUGAUGGGGCUGCUCUUGUUCAGCUCUGCUUCCAGGCUCUGGUUGACGUUGCGUCGGUUUUUCCCGCAAUCAUUCGAGCAGACUUGCAUGCCUGCAUCAUGCACAGCUACUGUACCAUUCUUGCAACGGGAAUAUGCCAGGACGGAGUGUUACCACGAAUCAUGCCGAUAUUCAAGGCCUUCUUGCAAGACGUCAUACAGUCAGCAUCACUCGAGGUAGCGUCAAGACUCGUUCGCGGAUGCCUUUGCCGGAUGUUGUCAAUUCUGGCGGUGGCGCAGCGCCGAGAAAACGAGUAUGCCAUCACAUGUGCAAAGAACACGCUGUUGUCGAUGACAAUCUUGCUCACGACAGCCGGCUCGGCCCUUCCCCCUAGCGAUGAGUCUGUGGCACAAUCGCUGUCGGAGUUGCUGGACUGUCUCCAAGACGUUGGCCUGGCGAAGAUUGCCGCUGGGUGCAUGCGCUCGUUGCUGGUGACCAAUCCGAAGUCAGCCUGUGACGAAGUAGUUGGCAGGGCUUUGUGGAUACGGCUCGUUCAUUUUGUCUCAGACCCUGAAGCAGAAGAUCCGGAGAGCGUCAAGACGGUAUUGACACAAGCUCUCGUCGCAGCAGUGGUGACCAUCACAGGUUCUGGCCGGUCGGCCGCGAUGUCGUUACUAGUGCCAGUUCUCCUGCUUCGUGCCAAGCAGGUCCCGACAGCGACCGACCCGGAGACUAUGCGCAAGGAGAGUGCGGCAAGACUUCUUGAUCUCGUUGCAGCUGAUCAGAUUGCCUUCAAAGUUACUGUAGGACUGCUGGAUGAAGAACAGCGCUCGGAACUGGAGAGCCUGCUGCGUGCUGCUGGGGUGGGCAGGAGAGAAGAGAGAUCUACAGAAGAGAAUGUCGAGGCAAGGCCGGCUAUCGAGCUGCGUAUGGAUUUUGGAUGA